AAGUGAAAUUAAAUAUGUAGUAGUUGUAUUAAUAACUGCUGAAAAUUUUCGUGUCCAGACUUUGAAUUCAGGUUUUUUUACUAAUUGUUGUUUUCUUAGUAAAAUAAAGAAUGCUGUCACGUAUUUAGCAAGUUAUUCAUGAAAGCGAGAGGUUCGUGAAUAUUCAUAACUCAUACAAACCGAACUUGAACAUUGUUGAUGUCUGAUUACAAUGCCUGCAUUGUCAGGACCCAGUCCUGGAAAUAACAGUAAUGAAAGUAGUCCCAACGCUCAAAUUAGUAAUGAAGCCUGUGGGAUACGAGACGUGUGGGCGUUUAAUUUGGAAGAGGAGUUUAAGGCUAUUCGUAAAAUCGUCCAAGAGUACCAGUAUGUUGCCAUGGACACAGAAUUUCCUGGAGUUGUAGCACGACCAAUUGGAGAAUUUCGUAGCACAGCCGAUUAUCAAUAUCAGCUGUUACGUUGUAACGUUGACCUGCUAAAGAUUAUUCAAUUGGGUCUUACAUUUUUAGAUGAGACCGGUAAAAUGCCUUCUGGUGGAUAUUCGACAUGGCAAUUUAAUUUUAAAUUUAACUUGACUGAAGAUAUGUAUGCCCAAGAUUCAAUCGAUCUGUUAACAAAUUCUGGUAUUCAGUUCAAAAAGCAUGAAGAAGAAGGAAUUGAACCUUAUGAGUUUGCCCAGUUAUUGAUGACAUCAGGAGUUGUUCUUUCUGAAAAUGUUAAAUGGAUAUCAUUUCACAGUGGAUACGAUUUCGGUUAUCUUUUAAAAUUAUUAACAGACCAAAAUUUACCUUCUGAAGAAUCCGAAUUUUUUGAACUUUUGAGAAUAUAUUUUCCCACUAUUUACGAUGUAAAGUAUUUAAUGAAAAGCUGUAAAAAUUUAAAAGGUGGAUUGCAAGAAGUUGCUGAACAACUUGAGCUUGAAAGGAUAGGACCCCAACAUCAAGCAGGAAGCGACAGUUUGAUAACUGGUGCAUCAUUUUUUAAAAUGAGAGAGAUGUUCUUUGAAGAUAACAUCGAUGACGCAAAAUAUUGUGGACAUCUGUAUGGUCUCGGAACAUCUUACAUUCACAACGGGAAUUCGUAUCCAGAUGAUGCUCCUUCGUCCGGGACUCUCUCUUCCUGACCUUGAAGAAUCGUGUCGAAAUGUCGAAUCCAAAUGAAAGACCAGCGAUGUACAGACUUCUUACAAGCAUUUUGAUUGCUAGGCAUUUGUAGUCUUGCAUGUGACACCUUUACAUGUCAGUUCUUAGACUUCUAUUAAUUCAACGUAUGAGGUGUGAUUUAUAUGUUUUGGAAUCAAAAGGAAUUUUUUCAGAGGGAAUGGAAAAAAAAAAACA